GAAUGACGCUUUGGCAGGUUUGGAAGUGGAUUUUUAAAAUCUUUACUUCCUGUGUCAAAGAGCAAUUUCUUUCCUUGUCUCUGUCUAGCCCGGACUAGCUACAUAUAAAAGUGUAUUUUUUUUACCUGUACGUGUGAUGUUUUCUCGAAAGGUUUAGCUAUACAAGCUAGCUAACAUGUAUAGGUCAAGAACACACCUGCCUCGGUUGUCUUUCCAGGCUCUGGCUCACUGCAGAGGAUACAGUUUGCUGAGAAGAUCCUCAUGCCAGAAUCUCUGUAUCCCACAACCCCAUAGACCUAGUACACCAGAUCCAAGAUGGAUGCCUAGUAUUAAACACAGCAACCCAGCGCUCCUAUCACCUACACUCAUCACUCUAGCCAGGUGCUCUUACCUAUCAACACAAAAAUAUAACCUCAUCUACUCACUACCUCACAUGAAAAUCCUCAGGACGGUGUCCAGACUCAAACUGCUCCAAACCGGAAUUACGAUGGUCGUGCUCCCUCCCGUGUUCUACAUGUAUCUCCAUGGAGAUGCUUCUUACUUCCUGGUUACUUACAGCACUGGGAUUGCGGCAUUUGCUGCCGUCAUGUUAUACACUGCUAGUUACUACCUGAGACGCGUCAUUGGGAAGAUGUACCUGGACGAGUCACAGACUAUGCUAAAAGUGUCUCACAUGACGUUCUGGGGACGUCGUAAGGACGAGUACCUUCAAGUGACGGAUGUGAUGACUCUUGGGGAUACGGGGGACUCUGCGGUCGAACCCAUACUGAAGCUGAAGAGAUAUAGUAGCUCAGAAACGCUGUAUUUUUCCAUAAAAUUGGGACGUGUGGUGGACAGGCAAGCUUUUGAGAAAGUGUUUGGGACUUUGAUUUGAUGAUGUUUUGAUGAGGGUUGGUGCUGUGAAUUGUUUAUCUGCUCAGAGAACCACCAGAUUAUUUAAGUAAAACAUUGCAAGUGGGCUUGGAGCCCUCCCCUAGAUCUGCCUUGUGAGCUCCUCUUCCAGGAUGUUGCUGGACAUACAUUGCAGCUUGAAGGAAUUAUGUGUAGUUAGUGUUGCAAUAAUACGAUUCUAAUGCUACCUUAUUAAUAUUUAGAUGUUUGACAUGCUUUUCUAUACAUUCAUCAAAAGGAGAGGCAGUUCUGAAAAGGUUCGCUGUAAUGUGAAUGGACUUAUGCUGAUCGAAGAAUGGUCUCAUUAAGUCUGCCAACAGUCUGACUGUCCAGUAGAGGGCAGUAUAGUCAGGGAUAUAAGUAUGUAUUUCUUAUGGCUCCAAAAGUAGGGCCCAUAUUUGCAAUGAGUUGGAGUGAUGUCUGAUCAGUUUUGUCAUUUAGAUCAUAUGGAAUAAAAUCAUCUGAGUUCAGUACGACAA